AUGAUCGGAGGGAUCUUCCCAAUUUUGAACAAAGAGAUACUCAGCACUUCUACAUUCAAUAAGAAGCCUUCUACAGCGAAGUGUGCAGGGAUUGACCUGCGAGCUUUUCGAUGGACCCAGGCAAUGAUAUUUGCUGCUGAAGAAAUCAACAAUGAUCCUGCUCUACUUCCAAACAUAUCUCUUGGCUAUAGGAUCCUUAACUCUUGUGCAUCUCCUACAAAUGCUUUACGUGCUGCACUAACACUAGCUAGUGGAAUAGAAGAGGGAGCUGUGACUUCUCGUUGCCCUCCAGCUAUAUCUGCCAUCAUAGCAGAGUCUGGAUCAUCUCAGUCAUUAGCUGUGGCUGGAACUCUUGGACCAUUUCAUGUGCCCAUAGUAAGUUAUUUCUCGACAUGUGCUUGCCUGAGUGACAGAGCUAAAUAUCCUACAUUUUUUAGAACAAUCCCCAGUGACUACUUUCAGGCAAAAGCUUUGGCUGCACUGGUCAAACAUUUUGGAUGGCAGUGGAUUGGAGCCAUACAGUCAGACAAUGAUUAUGGUCGUAAUGGAAUCCUUGCUUUCACUAAGGAGGUUGAAAAGCUUGGGGUUUGUGUUGCUUUUGUUGGGACAAUUCUACGUACAUACACUAAAGAAAAAUUUUUGGAAGUUGUGGAAAUGAUCAAACAGUCAACUGUAAAAAUAAUUCUAGCUUUUGUUCCUGAGGGUGACUUUUAUCCUUUGAUGAAAGAAGUUGUAAACCAGAACAUUACAGGAAUACAGUGGAUUGCUAGUGAGGCCUGGAUAACAGCACCUCGACCAUCCACAAUUGAAAUCUACACAGCUUUUGGUGGAGCCUUGGGGUUUGUGGGGCAGAAGAUGGCUAUUCCUAAUUUUAAACAGUUCCUUACAAGUAUUAAUCCUUAUACAGAUCCACAUUCACCUUUUAUGAGGGAAUUCUGGGAGAUUAUGGUGAGUAAUAACUUACAAAGGGUGAAUUUCACAAAUCAGUUCGAGGAUCAAGUGUUUUUUGAUGAGAAUGGCGACCCUCCUGCUUCUUAUGAUAUUGUGAAUUGGCAGCUGAUAAAUGGAAAAGUUCCCACAUCAGUAUGUUCUAAUGUUUGUCCUGUUGGAACCAGGAAAGCACAGAUUAAAGGAAAACCUACAUGUUGUUUUGACUGUAUACCCUGUGCUGAUGGAACUAUAGCCAACUCAACAGCAGACUGCACACCUUGUCCAAAGGAGUACUGGUCCAAUGACAAGAAAGAUGAGUGUAUUCCUAAAAACAUUGAGUUCCUACAAUAUCACGAACCCAUGGGAAUAGCUCUGACAGUUGUAUCUCUGUUUGGGGCCUCUCUCUCCUUGGUCACAAUGGUGGUUUACAUCCAUUACAGAGAAACUCCUGUGAUAAAAGCCAGCAACUUUGAGCUGAGUUGUUUCUUAUUGUUUUCUCUUUUUCUGUGUUUUCUUUGCCCUCUCACUUUCCUUGGUAGACCAACAGUCUGGACAUGCAUGCUGCGCCACACCACUUUUGGUGUGACAUUUGCACUUUGCAUUUCUUGUAUCUUGGGAAAAACCAUCGUUGUUGUUACAGCAUUCAAAGCCACAUUUCCUGGCAACAACACAGCUGGAAAGUUUGGUCAUGCACAGCAAAGAAUUAUUGUUUGUUCCUGCACUUUGAUUCAAAUAGUAAUAUGUGUAUUGUGGCUGAUAUUAAACCCACCUUACCCAGAUAUGAUGUUCACAUACAGCAAUAAGAUGAUUGUUUUGGAAUGCAACACAGGCUCUGCGGCUGCUUUUUAUGCAGUGCUGGGAUACAUAGGGAUCCUUGCAAUAAUCUGUUUGGUCCUGGCAUUUAUGGCAAGAAAAUUGCCUGAUAACUUUAAUGAAGCCAAAUUUAUCACAUUCAGCAUGCUGAUAUUCUGUGCUGUGUGGAUUACGUUCAUCCCAGCAUAUAUCAGCUCUCCUGGAAAGUUUACUGUAGCUGUGGAAAUAUUUGCAAUUUUGUCUUCAGCAUUUGGUUUAUUAAUUUGCAUUUUUGUACCUAAGUGUUACAUAAUAUUGAUUAAGCCAGCAAAAAAUUCCAAGAAACUUGUCAUUGGAAAAAGAAAACAUUAA